AUGGACCAGAGAGAGCACUGUCCUCCCACCACCAGAAGGGCGGCGUCACUGAGCUCCAUUGAUCGAUUCAUUAACUUUAAAAAGGAGGAAGAUCAUGGGAUCCUCCACAAACUUCAGUCUGGACCUGGUCCCAGAUGUGAGUCCCUCAGGAGUGACCAGUCUAUGGGAGAACCACUGAAGUUCAGGAGUGACCAGUCUAUGGGAGAACCACUGAAGUUCAGGAGUGACCAGUCUAUGGGAGAACCACUGAAGUUCAGGAGUGACCAGUCUAAGGCAUUAUCAUGGAACUUCAGGAGUGACCAUUCUAUGGGAGAACCAGAGAACUUCAGGACAGAAGCGGCUGCAGAUGUCUCCACUGGUCCGCACCAUGGCUCUCACCUGGUCUCCAUAUUUAAGUUCGGUUCCCCAGACCCAGAACUGGUCCCCUUUAAUCCGGGUGGUGAUGUCACGUCUUUGGCCGUGAGCCCUGGAGAUCUGGACCAGCUGGUGUCUCCGUGGGGGACUGUGGACCGCCUCAGUCCCACCGGGUGA